UCAAAAGUUUUAGCUUCCAACGUCAUCACUAUUCACACCUCUCCUUUUCUAACUCGACCGUUGGAUUCCUAAAUUCCCAUUCAAAAACACCAAACGCUGAAAAGAAAGAAGGUAAAGAUACAAAGGAGAAAACAGAGAAAUCCCAGCUCUUCUUCAAUGGCAGAAAUCCCAGUUUCCAAAUCAAACCAACAUCUAAACCAGCAGCUCCAGCAUCUCGAAUCCCUGUUCUCUGCCCUCGAACCGUCUCCGACUUCCAUUGCCCGAUCCCAUCCCCAAAACCCCAUAUCAUUCCUUCCAAUGCGCCGUGGGCGCAAUUACGAAUACUACUCCCAGCUAAGAGAAUCAAAGCUCCGACGUAAGAAAUCUGAAGCGGAUGCCAGUAAAACGACACCCAAGAAGAAGGUUUCGUUCGUCGGCGGUGGUGGGCCGCUCGUGGGCCGGAACGAAAUGGUGGUCGGUCGAUCGGUGCCGGAUUUUUCUGCGGUGUUGAGGAAGGAGAAUAAGAAGCCGAAUUCGGAAAUGACGCCUCCAUUGGCGGGGGGAUCGAAGGUGGGUUGGAGAGGGGGAGGGAGUAAAUCUGCAGGUGGGGGAGAUAAAAGAGGAGGUGGGCCUGGUGGGCCAUGUGGGCCUGGUAUGCUAAGGAAGAGCUGUGUGAAUUUGAAGGAAUUGAAGGGAAUGUCAGCAGCUGCUGCUUUUGCUAUUGAUGAGGAAGGGAGAGGAGGGAGGGGUAGGGGGAUGAGGAAGGGUGUCUUGGGUCAGAGACAAUGAAGGAAGAUUUAGGUGGUUUGUACAACUGGGAACCAUGGUUCAGUGAUCUGGACCGUUGAUAUGAUGCAGGAUGGUGUGGAUGGACUGUAACCGAAAAGCCCAUGUUGAGACAAUCCCAGCCUUUCAAUUGAUGGGCUGUGAAUAUAGACGGGUACAGAAAGAUCAUUGUUUGCGAUGGAGUGAGAAAUAGCCGGGGAGUGGAUAGGAGCUGCUUCCAAUCUGGGGCCCACCAGAUUGACGGUUUGGAUUACCGAAACAUAUGAUAAUUUGGGUGAUUUUUAGCUGCAUUGGUUAUGGUUUUCCUUUCUUUUCUUAUUUUUUUAUUUGGGUGGUGAGGAUUUUCUAGUGUUUGGAUAGUGAGGAUUUUGAAAUAUAUUAUUGGAUGAUGAGGAUAAUGUAAGAAUGGUGAUUAUAUCAUAAUAAUAUCAUACUCUCUCUCUCUCUCUCUC